AACUUUUUCAAAGGCCAUUGAGGACGCUCCCCACAGGAUCAAGGAGAUCACAGAAGAUCUGACAUUGCAUAUCCAAGGCGUUCUGUGUUAUAUCGGAUUUCAAGGGCAGUCCACAGCUUUUCCAGUGAACGACCCUUCGGAGCUUAUGGCUGUCUUUGCGAAGUGCUCGAAGCCAUUCAAAUCUCAUCCUGGUUCUCAUCGAUGGCCGCUAGUGCAUAAAGCCGUGGUCUCGCAACUCGCCGAUUUUCUGAAGUCUGGCCUCGUUCUCGCAGAUCUGCCCCGUGUUGCCGACUUGAACCAGACUGUCGUCGACAGUACGAGAGACUAUCUCCGCGGAUGCGGCACAGUCCUUGUGUUUGCAGCCAGGGAGCGCAUACUUACCAACGAGACUCUUGACGCCAACCUGAAAUUGUGCAUACGUCUGCACAAGACACGCAACGUGCAACUUGUCGUUACGAAGAUCGACGACAAUAACCCAUUCUCCGAGAGCGAUCGAUAUGGUUUACCUGCGGAAGAUCAGAAGCGACUUGAGCAUGCGGAGUCGGAGGUUGGGAAGUUGCAAGCCAAGGAGCAAAGCUUGAACGUGCUGAGGAAAGAAGCGCUCGCUCGGAAGGACUGGCAGCGUUAUGCGAAGAUUAGCGAGGAGGUGGAACAAUUGCCUAAUCUUGUUGCAGCAGCGAAAGCACAAGUUGCGCAAGUGACUAUCGACAGCCGCAAUCGCGAAGUCCAGCAAAGGCUCAAGCAGACGCUCCGAGACUUAAGCAGAGAUAACACGCUUCCAGACCUGGUGGUCCACUUCAUUGGGAACAAAGCGUAUCAGAAGCACUUGGAGGGCUACGACCCGCGCGGUCCGCCGCCACUGUACCUAGCCGGUACAGGUCUCCCAGCUCUGCGGCAAACACUGUUCGGCUUACCCGCACAAGGCAAGUGAUACACUCUGGGUCGAAUCAUCAACAAUCGUCUACCGAGCCUGUUCCAGGGCGCCAUCGGAGCUCUCACCAAAACUCAUCUGGCGCGCAAGAAAUAAGUAGAGCAAUUGAUAUCAUCCGGCCUCGUCUCACUACAGAGCCUCCCGGUGGGUAUCCUCGAAGACAUCUACGAUCUAUACCAGAAGCACAUUCUUGAUGUGAUCAAAGAGCGAUCCGAUUCCUGGAGCGGUGAAGCGUCAGAUUUGCUCGACACCUGGGCG